AUGGAUACAUACAUAUAUGAUUAUAAUUCUUGCAGUCCCAUUAUCGCCAUCUCCAGCUACAGCGUGGAGCCGUAUGGCGAUGGCACCGAUGCCCCCGUCUGCACCACGGCCGCUGAUGGCUUUUGGCCCAUCGUCUACUUUGUGGGCACCAUCACACUCUUCUUCUUUCUUCCCUUUGGCAUAUUGGUGGUGCUGUAUGCAGCUAUCGCGUACAAGUUGCUGCGUCCAAAUAGCGCGUUCCACAGACCCACCUCGCCGCAACAUCAGCUAAGCCAACAGCAGCAACAUCAGCAACAGCAGCAGCAGAUGUCCAGCUCAAAGGGCAGCAGCCAUCAGCAGAGCAAUGGAAUGAGGAAACAUCGUAAGCAGGUGAUCUUCAUGCUGGUGGCCGUUGUCUCUAGCUUCUUUGUCUGCCUUCUGCCAUUUCGCGCCUUUACGCUGUGGGUGAUCACGGCCAGCGCAGAAGAUAUGCAGCAGCUGGGUAUUGCGGGCUAUUACAAUCUUUUGUACUUCUCACGCUUCAUGCUCUAUCUGAACUCGGCCAUGAAUCCAAUACUCUACAAUUUGAUGUCGUCCAAGUUUCGCAGCGGCUUUUGGCGUCUGCUUUUGAGUUGCUUUGGACAGCGAUCGCAUCAUCAUCAUCAUCAUCAUGGCUAUUAUCAUUAUCCCACUUUGGCCGGACGUAUUCAAAGGCAGACUACGCAUCGCCAGGACCAAGAUGCUAACGGUGAGGGGGAGGGAGAAGGUGCCACUGUGCUCAAUGCGGGACAAGCUCAACGGGUACGUCGUACGCUACGCCGUGAGGCAACCUUUCUGAUCAACUCCAUAUCCACGUCGUCGGGCACUGAACGCAACACUUCCUCCACCUGGCGCAGCAACAGCCUCUCCACUUCCAUAGGACUUGGUGAACGAGAGAGGGAGCGAGGACUCCUUGGAGCCGCCAUAAUUGGCACCACGGCUGCCACAGUUACGACUGCCUGUCUGCAGGAGCGAAACGCUAGCAUAAUCUGA